AUGACCACUAUUAGAGCUCUAAUUGCUACUGCAGCUAAGAAGAACUGGGAGCUAUUUCAAUUGGAUGUGAACAAUGCUUUCGUUCAUGGAGAUUUACAUGAAGAGGUAUAUAUGAAGCUACCCCAAGGACUUGCAGUCUCCUCUCCUGAUCUAGUUUGUAAAUUGAACAAAUCUCUCUAUGGCCUAAAUCAAGCUAGCAGACAAUGGUAUGCUAAACUUGCUGAUGCUCUAUAUUCCAGGGGCUACACUCACUCCAUGCACGAUUAUUCUCUCUUUUACAAGAGAUCAUCUGACAGUGUGGUCUUUGUGGGGGUCUAUGUAGAUGAUGUUUUUCUCACUGGCAAUGAUCUUACUGAAAUCCACCUGCUCAAAACAUUCCUGCAUGACAGAUUCAAAAUCAAAGAUUUAGGCGAAUUGUACUACUUCUUGGGACUUAAAGUACUCUACAGAAAAGGUGGAAUCUUAAUCUCACAAAGGAAGUUUACUCUUGAUCUCCUCAAAGACUAUGACUGUCUCCAUGCUACAAGUUUGUCUUCUCCACUUGAUCCUACAAUUAAGUUAAAAGCUAAAGAAGGAGUACCUCUAUCUGAUCCCACUCUCUACAGACAGCUAGUUGGGAAGUUAAACUUCCUCACAAAUACUAGAUUGGACAUAGCCUAUGGGGUCCAGCAUCUAAGCCAAUAUAUGCAGGACCCUAGAGAACCUCAUCUUCAGGCAGCAUACCAUAUGCUCAGAUAUUUACUCAAGGAUCCCACCUUAGGUCUCUUUAUGUCCAAUGAUGAUGAUUUCUCAGAGAAAGCCUAUUGUGAUUCUGAUUGGGCUGCAUGCCCUGACUCUUGGAGGUCUGUAUCAGGAUACCUUGUCCUUUUGGGUAACAGCCCUAUCAGUUGGAAGUCUAAGAAGCAAGAAACCAUCUACCUUUCUUCCGUAGAAGCAGAGUACAGAUCCAUUAGAAAGGUCGUUGGUGAACUUGUCUGGCUCCAUCGUGUACUCACAGAAUUGACAGUCCCUCCCGCUCUUCCUAUUCUUGUAUUUUGUGACAGCCAAUCUACUCUCCACAUUGCUAGGAACCCAAUCUUUCAUGAACGUACCAAACACAUUGAGGUUGAUUGCCACUUCGUCAGGACAAAACUCAAUGAUGGCCUCAUCCUGCUUUACCAUGUUCGAACUGAUGAUAACCUGGCUGACAUUCUCACCAAAUCUCUUACUGGGAUCAAGCACUCCACUGUCUUGGGCAAGUUGGCUGUGUGUUCUACACCUCCAACUUGA